UCGGAAAGGGAGGCUGGAACCGCCGAGGCUCCUUCCUGCUUCUCCGCCCGCCGAGCAAAGACUUGGGGCGUCGCCAGGUCGGGAAGCCUUUGGCCGGCCAAGGCGCCCGGGAACCGGCCAGUCAAGUGGCAACAAUCCUCAAGCCACCAUUUGGGGUUUCUUCUCCCUUUGCCACCCUGGAUACAAAGUGAGUCUGAUCAACCGCUCAACCCAGCAAUGAAAAUGGAGGCCCCGGAAUCUCCAGCGGACCUGAAGCCAGCGUUAGACCUGGAUGGGCCAAGAGUAAACCCCAGUGUGGCCCCGAUGGGCUCCGACCGGCAGGAUCUGAGAUGGAGGGCUCUUCCGUACAUUAAGCAGGAACCCGAAGAAGAUUGUCUGUCGUCUCUGCACUGGGAAAACCAGUGGCAGGAGUUCCUCGGGGGCAUGCAGUCCCCUUUCUCAGGAUGGGGGUCUAGACCUCUGCCAGCGGCUGCCCCGUGGGGGGACAACAAGGCGCCUUUGGCUCAUCUAGCAUUGGCUGCUGCCAGCAGCCCCCGUUCCUCGGAAGGGACGUUUGUCCAACCUGGGCCACCAGGUUUUGUGGGGACGAUGCACCGGGCUGACCAAGAAAGGCGGAUAGUGAAAGAGGAGGUAGAGAACCAGGUGGAGGCCCCAAAUCUGGAAUCUCCCUGCCAGCGCUUCAAACACUUACUCUACCAAGAAGCGGAGGGUCCCCGAGAGCUUUCCAAUCGUCUGCGGGACCUCUGCCACCUGUGGCUGAAGCCGGAGAAACACUCCAAGGAGCAGAUCCUGGAGCUGGUGAUCUUGGAUCAGUUCCUGGGUGUCCUGCCCCAGGCGAUGGAGUGUUGGGUCCGGGAUUGCCACCCACAUACGUGUGCCCAGGCCGUGGCCCUGGCGGAGGACUUCCUGAUGAGGCAUCCAGAGGAAGGAAGGCAGGAGCAGAAGGGCCCAGGGAUGUUUCAUGUGGUGACUGUGAAUUUUCCUGACUCCGAUCAAGCGUCAUCUGAAAGGCCGCUUAGCAGGCCGAUCAAACAGGAGGUCAAUGAGGAUGGCCUUUCUCAAAACGAUGGGCAGGUGGGUGAAAUAAAAAAAGGCAACGAGUGGAACAACACCAUGAGAAUAGAGGCCCGUGGCUCUUCGUCCACGGAAAGGUGGGAAGGGACAGGCAGAUUUGGAGAGGCAGGAGAACCGCAGACGAGUCCUCAAGGCCCGCCAGAGAACGGCCCCAGGGGAACGGAAGUAAACGCAUCCGGAGUGAAACAGUCCUUGUGUUCAAACUGUGGGGGGAGUUUCAAUCCUAUCUCCGGUCUGCUCGGCCCAGAGGGGUUCCCCUUGGGGGUGAACCCCUACAAAUGCUCUGUGUGUGACAAGAGCUUCUGCCAGGUUGCCAAACUCAUCGCUCACGAGCGGCUGCACACCGGAGACUGGCCGUACAAAUGCUCCUUCUGCGGGAAAAGCUUCAACCGCAGCUCCGACGUCUCCCGGCACGAGCGGAUCCACACGGGCGAGAAACCCUUCAAGUGCACCACCUGCGAGAAGUGCUUCAGCCAGCGGUCCAAGCUGAUCGUGCACGAGCGGUUCCACACGGGGGACAAGCCCCACUCCUGCUCCUACUGCGGGCGGAGCUUCCACCAACGAUCGGACCUGGUGAAACACGAGCGGAUCCACACGGGAGAGAAGCCGUACAAAUGCUCCGAUUGCGGAGGGAGUUUCCACCGGAGUUCGGAUCUGGUGAAACACAAGUGGAUCCACACCGGGGAGCGGCCGUACAAAUGUUCCACGUGUGAGAAGAGCUUCCGGCAACGCUCGGCCCUCCUGUACCACGAGAGGACCCACACGGGGGAGAAACCGUACACCUGCACGGCCUGCGGGAAAGGUUUCAGUUGUAAAGCCCACCUGGUGCUCCAUAAAAGGACCCACACAGGAGAGAAACCCUACAAGUGUAACUACUGUGGGAAAAGUUUCACCACCAGUUCGUAUUUUGUGAAGCACCAGAGAAUGCAUUUAGGGCAAGAAACUCUGCCGGUUCUGUGAAAGGAAGGCACGACACACAGAAGUAUUUCAAGGUUUUCCCUUUCCGUGGAUCUAAACCUAUCCCCUGUGUGUAGAAAACUAGCAGGUCGGAAAUAAUUUCCGAGACGGCUUACUUUUCUGUUUGCAGGGAUUUGUAAAACAAGCAGCGCACUUUCAGUCUGAUAGCUUCGUUGGAAGGAGUCUCGAUCAGCUGCGGUUGCAAAUGUUGAAUUGUAUCGUUUGGUUUGGGUGGCAAGAAAUACCUGUGCUGAAUCGUGCGGAAAAUAAUGACGCUGCAAAAUGAUUGCCUCCAGAAGUUGUAAAUGCUCCAACGCUGGAAGUUUUUAAGAAGAGAUUGGACAACCCUUUUGUCUGAAAUGGUGUAGGGUUUCCUGCCUGAGCAGGGGGUUGGACUAGAAGACCUCCAAGGUCCCUUCCAACUCUGUUAUUCUAUUCUAUUCUAUUCUAUUCUAUUCUAUUCUAUUCUAUUCUAUUCUAUUCUAUUCUACUCUACUCUACUCUACUCUACUCUUAUUCUUAUUCUAUUCUAUUCUAUUCUAUUCUAUUCUAUUCUAUUCUAUUCUAUUCUAUUCUAGGAAGUGGAUUUGGCUGUCUAGAGAAAAGAAAAAUUAGGGGUGAAAUGAUAGCAGUAUUCCAGUAUUUCAGGGGCUGCCACAAAGAAGAGGGGUUAAAAUUAUUCUCCAAAUCAACAGAAGGCAGGACAAGAAGUAAUAGUUGGAAACUAAUCAAGGAGAGAAGCAACCUGGAAUUAAGGAAAAAUUUCCUGACAGUGAGGACAAAUAAACCAAUAAACCAGGCGUGCCUACAGAAAUUGUGGGUGCUUCAUCACUGGAGGUUUUUAAGAAGAGACUGGAUAGUUACUUGUCUGAACUGGUAUAGGUUCUCCUGCUUGAGCAGGGGGCUGGACUAGAAGACCUCCAAGGUCCCUUCCAGCUCCUAUUCUGUUCUGUUCUAUUCUAUUCUAUUCUAUUCUAUUCUUUCUAUUUCUAUUUCUUUCUGUUUCUACUGUAAAGAAGGGCCUGUAAUGGCUUGCCUCAUUUAAAAAAAAUGUUUAUAAAACGUAUGGGUGAGAAGAGCAGUUAGGGAGAAGCACUUACCAUUUCCUCUGAAAUUAAGGAAAUUCAGGGGCGGUUCCUUAAGUGACAGGAGACCUGAUUUGCUUGGAAGGGACCCAACUUCAGGCCUCUGUUUCACCAUUUUAAAAGAUUGGGUAGCAAGCAUUAGGAAAAGGCCCCUGCAAAUAGGUUCUCAGUGUUGAGUAUGCAGACACCCUUGGGCCUAUCAUCCCCUUGUCCCUCCUAUAUUCAGUUAAUAUAUUUUAAUUAAAAAUGAUAAUAAAUGGAAAAGUGACUUUUGAGUCGGACCCUGGCCUAUGGUCCAAAGCAGUGGUGGGUUUCAAAUUUUUUUACUACAGGUUCUGUGGGCGUGGCUUGGUGGGCGUGGCAUGGCUUGGUGGGUGUGGCUUGGUGGCCAUAGCAGGGGAAAGAUACUGCAAAAUCCCCAUUUCCUCCCGAUCAGCUGGGACUUGGGAGGCAGAGAAUAGAUGGGGGCGCGGCCAGUCAGAAUUUUUACUACCAGUUCUCUGAACUACUCAAAAUUUCCGCAACCGGUUCUCCAGAACUGGUCAGAACCUGCUGAAACCCACCUCUGGUCCAAAGGCUCCUUAGUUAUUUUAUUGGAAAAUAAAAAAUGAUGGAUGGCUGCUUGGUUGGAAAUAUGUCCAGAUAGCCAGAAAAGAACACUGCAUUGGCAGAGAGGGGUGGGGGUGGGGAUUGUUAAUUGAGGAAUUCUGGGUGGGCUGAGGUUGACCCCCAUUUUAAAAUUCUGAAUAAACUGCCCAACCCAACCCCAUCUAGAAAAGUUGGUAAAAGAUCCUGAACUAUGCAUCUGGUAUAAUAAAGCCUCUUCCUAAAUUAUUUUUGUCAAGAAGCUACAAUUUUGAAAUCUCUGUAAAAAGAGUCCCAAAAUCGAAUUUAUCCAAAACAUUUCCCUUUUAUACUCCGCUCUGUCCACAAUUCCACCACCCGGGACACAAACAAGUAUUGGAAAAAAGGAUAAUUCUGAUUUUUAUCCUUUACUGUUAAAACUAAUACUUUCUCAAUAUGCAUACAAAGAUAGUUCUCCAGUUGCAAUAGCUCCUUUAAUGACAUUUUGAAGUUACAACAGCGCCAGUGUUGGGUUGCCCAGAUCAGGCGAACCGGCAACAGUGGGAGGCUCCGCCCACCCACUCGGAGGUCUCUGUGCAUGCGCAGAAGCGUCGCACAUGUGUGUGAGCGCCCACGAGCAAAUCCCACUACUGAACAGCGCUGAAAAAAAGUGACUUGUAACUAUCGUACCCACGACUGUUGUGGCUGCCUCAUGGUCAUGUGAUCAAAAUUCAGAUGCCAAUAAAGGAGAAGAUUCAAAUGCUUGGCCACUGACUCCUAUUUAUGACGGUUGCAGUACUAGGAUCUCCUGCUUGGGCAGGGGGUUGGACUAGAUGACCUACAAGGUCCCUUCCAACUCUUAAUCUGCAGAAGGCAUGGACCACCACGGCACAAGGCUGGCAGGAUUUCUUCUGCCUGUGAGCUACUCGGAGGCCUCUGAUUGGCCACCUCUGGAAGAAUGUCAAGCUGAUUUGGAAGAUGUUUUUGAAUGCUCAGGCCCAAACCAAUACAGGUAGUCCUCAAUUUACAACCACAAUUGAGCCCAAAAUGUAUGUUGCUAAGUGAAACAUUUCUUAAGUAAGUUUUGCUCCAUUUUGCAACUUUUCUUGCCACAGUUGUGAAGUGAAUCGUUGCAUUUGUUAAGUUAGUAAGACGGUCGUUAAGUGAAUCCGGCUUCCCCAUUGAUUUUGCUUCUCAGAAGGUCGCAAAAGGGGACCGGGGACCCUACAACCGUCAUAAAUGUGAGUCAGUUGCCAAGCAUCUAUGGUAAAUUUGGAUCACGUGACCAUGGGAAUCCUGCAACAGCAGUAAGUGUGAAAAAGAGUCACAAGUCACUUUUUUCAAUGCUGUUGUAACUUUCAACGGUCACUAAAUGAACUGUUACAACUCGAGGACUAUCUGUCAUUGAGCUGGUUUUGGUCUCUUCAGCUGAGGCAAAAGGAAGAAGAAUAUUUAUGUGUUUAUGACAUGAAGCUGAUUUUUGAAAAACGGGCUUCUUGCCCCAAAUUGGAUACAUGAGUUUUGGGUAACAAGCCACAGAAUAGAAGUCCGUCAUAAAUUAUAUGGCAGCUAUAUAAAUUUUAUAGCUCAGUGGUCCAGAAAGUGUUUUGCCUGGAGAAACUUUCUGCGUUUACUUAAUGACUUGUUCAAAAAAGGCCAAAAACUUGCUUCUGGCCACACGGGUGCCUCGUCUUACAACCGUUAAUGACUUAAGACACUACUUCCGGUCCCAAUGACGGUUAUAAGCUGAGGACUACCUGUCUAGAAAUAGACCCUUGUUGAGUCUCAAUCUCUAGGUUUACUCUUCAGGGUCUGAAUUUUUAAGGCCACCCAGAUCAUCUUGUAGGAGAGAUGGGCGGCAUAAAAAUGUAAUAUAAAAUAAAAUAAAAGCAACAUAGAUUCCUUCCCAGAAGGCCUGUGUUUCUACAGUUUUGGCCUUUUGUGAGAAAACGGCCGAAUUGGCUAAUAACGGGAGGGAAUUUGGAAUUUUCUGGACUUUAUGGCGGGUCAGGGAGAAGUCCUGGAGAUCCUAUAAUCGUGAUGGCGAACCUAUGUGCCUGAAGUGGCACGCCCGUUCCACUUCCAGGUUUCUGGUGCGCAUGUGUGCGUUUGUCAAUCAGCUGGCCAUUUUAUAUGCGGCAGUGCUGGAAACUAGAAGAGCUGGUCGUCUGUUUUCCUGCAUGAGCAUGGGCGCCGGCCAGCUGAUCAUUGCAUGCGCUUGCACGCCAGAAGCCCGGAAGAGUAGCUGAAACCGGAAGUUCAGUAGCUGAAACCGGAAGUUCAUUUUCGGGCAUGCGCGUGCACCCUAGACAGCUCCUCUUCCAGAUUGCAGGCCAGACACAUGCAAGCAAAGCUCAUGAAGCGUGCACGCAUGCUCCGAUUUUGGCACUCUGCCGAAAAGGUUCGCCAUCGCUGUCCUAUGAAGUAGCACAUGUCUCUUAUUUCUGCAUAUGAACUGCACACAGGAUUGCUUAAAGAAUAACUAUGUCUCAAAUGCCUUUCCUUUGCUGUCUUAAUAUUUGGGAUCAGAAGAGGUGGGUGUGGUAUUAUACGGAAGGAAUCUGUACGUGUCUUAUGUUUUUUUGUUUUUUUUUUUUGUGGGGAGGAAAGCAUGAGUAUGUUUGAAUAUUUAUUUAUCCUUGCGGUUGGGAUGCUAUCUUUUUAAUGCCUGUAAUAUAAACGGCUUACUUCUUAAUGCCUGGGUGAAAAACUACAUGCGUGUCUUUGGUUAACAAGGGGAUUCGGGUACGUCGCGUUUCUUCAGGUGCAGCUAUGCGACCGUGGCAGCUUGGCAGCAACACCCCAUCCUCCGCCUAACCCUGCCAAAGAAUUAUUUGCCUUACUCGACGACACGCCUGCAAAAAUGACUAGUCCUCAAAAAGGAGAACAAAAAAGUGAUUGUGUGGAUUGAUGCGCCGAUGGGUCAGGAGGAAGAAACGGCAGGAAUCUUAGCUGCACAAAUCAUUCUCUCUAAAAUGGGGUUUUUUCAGCUCCCCAAAGUUGUUGGCGUACACUGGGACACAACUGGAAUGUGACCCAAGCCUCCAAGACACUCUAAAGGGCAAUGCAUGGCUACCUCUCUUAGAUUUUCUGUAUCCAUCUUGGAUCCUUUUUUUCCCGAGCUCGGCUUUAUUUAUUUUUUUAUUAAGCAAACCUCGCUCUGCCAAAUCAAGAAAAAUCUCUCCCCGAGCCGUUAUGAGGAACUCUACCGCCAACAUUAAGGAUCUAAACCACCACAGAAAUCGACAUUAAGCUGGACUGUGUCCUUGUUUCGCUCCAGUGCCUGGGAUGUUCUGCAAGAUCCGGGCAAAAAAGUCAAGAUGGCCGCAACAAUGAGAUGGAAGCAAAGUCGGUGGAGUUUCAGCCACACUGGUGCAGCCUCCGUCUUCUGGACAGCUCUGUUCUUGUCCAAAUUGUGUCGUCUCCUUGUCUGCCUGGCCGACAAAUAGCAGAAAAGCUGUAAAAUUUUGCUUCUAGAAGAAACUGACUGGAGAAAGGUCAGCCAUCACUUUCCCAGGCCUUAACUAAGGGUCUAUUUGACACCAGUAGAUCCAAUUCAGAUAGAAAAGCACAUUUUUUUUUCGGACUUUUUUUUUUUCUGUCUUCCCCGCUGUUUCUCCAAAGACAAUGAAUGUUUAUGGGUGGAGGGUGCAUGUUUAAUGAAGCAAUUGGACACACAAGUGAGGACACGGCUACUUCAAGAUCUCAAAAACAGGGUUUUUAUCUUGGGAGGGGAGAGUUAGGAAAUGCAUGCACAACCUUACCUGAGGUUUUCUGAUUCCCCCACCCCAAUCUGCCUGAAUAAUUGAGCUUGGAGUUAGCUUACAAUAUUAAUGUUGAUGAUUAUUGUCUACAUAUUACCUGUAAUGCUGUAUUCUUCAAAUAAAUAAAAUUUUUUGGGUUAGCAGCUCGGCCACAAAUCUCAUUCUUGAGCGGACCUCCCUCAUUUAAUCGCUUGGAUUAAAAUAUCUCAAGCAUAGUUACGUUUUGGCGCAGAAGUAGCUGAGAUGUAUGCGCUUCUUUUUAAGAAAGAAAAAGAGAAGCUGGCUGACAGGAGAAUUCGGGGAAUUGAAUUCCACACAUCUUAAAGUUGCUGUGAACCGCCCUGAGUCCUUCGGGAGAAGGGCAGUAUACAAAUCGAAUAAAUAAAUAAAUAAAUAAAUAAAUAAAUAAAUAAAUAAAUAAAUAAAUAAAUAAAUAAAGUUGCAAAGUUUGAAACCCAUUGAUAUAGUUAAAUACUGUGUAAUCUGUAAUUAAAGGGACGCUCAGUGGCUAAGACGCUGAGCUUGUUGAUCGAGAGGUCGGCAGUUCAGCGGUUCGAAUCCCUAGUGCCGUGUAACAGGAUGUUACUUGUCCCAGCUUCUGCCAACUUAGCAGUUUGAAAGCACGUAAAAAAUGCAAGUAGAAAAAUAGGGACCACCUUUGGUGGGAAGAUAACAGCAUUCCGUGCGCCUUUGGCAUUGAGUCAUGCCGGCCACAUGACCACGGAGAUGUCUUCGGACAGCGCUGGCUCUUUGGCUUUGAAACGGAGAUGAGCACCGCCCCCUAGAGUCAGGAAUGACUAGGACGUAUGUGCGAUGGGAACCUUUGCCUAAUUUGUAAUUUACCCAGAGAGCAUCUUGGAGUUUUGCAGAAAGAAAGAGGGGAAGGAAGUUAAAAUCCCUGUUUCCAUUCCACUAUGGGUUGUCCUUGACUUGCGACCACAACGGAGCCCAAAAUUUCCACUGCUAAGAAAAGACAGGCGUUCAGUGAGUUUUGCCCCCAUUUUAUGAACUUUCUUGCUACAGCUGUUAAGUGAAUCCUGGACAUCAUUAAGUUAAUAAUGCAGUUAAGCGAAUCUGGCUUUCCUGUUGCCUUGGCCU